AUGUGUUUUAUGUGAUUUUAUUUUUUUUUUUAAUUUCUUUGCAAAUAGAAAUAUAGAUAAAAUAUUGAAAAUAAAUAUAGAAUAUUCUUAAAAACUCGGAGUGGAACAUAAAAAAGCAAAAAAAAAAAGUAAUCUGUUGUCUUUUGCGAUGUUUUAAAAGGUGACAAGAACAUUAACAGCAAAAUAAAAAUUAUAUAUUUUGUUUAUUGCCAAAUCGGAAGACUAAUUGAAUUCUAUUAAAUAAAUGAAUUUUAUUCAGUGUAAAACAUUUAAAUUCAUAUAAUACAACAUUCAAGAUAAUAAUAAAGAAAUUCAAAUUAAAUUCUCCAAAAAUCGAGAAAAAAAGGAUCAUCAAAUUGUAGACAAAUUGUUUGGAUGAAAAAGAACUUACCAGAAAAUCUUGUACGAUGACCUCACAGAAAUGGGAAAAACUGUCACCAAGUGAAUUCCAGCACCUUCAGGAGCUUGCGUCAUACUCAACCCGAAAGCUGCAGGAUGUACUCCAAGAGUUUUGUUCCCCACAAGCACCAGCAAAAUUCGUUCCCGAUGGCGAAAUCGACUACGAUGGGUUUCGGCGGUUUUUGGAUGCCUUUUUGGAUUGCGAGGCACCCGAGGAACUAUCGAAACAUUUAUUCAUAUCCUUUCUGAAGCCAAAUAUCACGCAAUCACAAAUACAUGGGAAGGCACUUAACCAAAUGGCGGCAAUUAGUAGUACAGCCGCAUGUGCUCCGGUGACCUCGCACACAAAGGGAUCAAUUCCAAAUAUAAAUAGCAUAGCAGAGAUUCAGCCAACCAUAACAACGACGGAGGCGAAACAAAGCUUUGUGGAAAAGUUUCAUGGUAUCACAGAUAAACUUCAUUGUUCUUUAGGUCAUUUAGGUCAUGAUCCAAGCAAAACAGGAAGUGUACAUCCAAUGGUUACAGUUACACCAAGCCCCAUGGGUGGCCCCAAUAUAUUUCAGUCUGCCGCCCGCCGUUCCAUCGAUUCUAGUCCAUCACAUUCACAACACACGCAGAGUCAUUCGCAAAUGUCACGUAACUCAUCGAAAAAGAGCAACAAUUCAGUUAAUUGCAAAAUAGACGCUGACAUAAAACUGCUCACUCGUAAAAUGUCAUUCUUUGAUCCAUUGUCACUGAAAGUAGCGCUGAAGGAUGUGGUUUGCUACUUGUCGCUCUUGGAAGCUGGCCGACCGGAGGAUAAACUUGAAUUUAUGUUCCGAUUGUACGACACGGAUGGUAAUGGUGUAUUGGAUACUGCGGAAAUGGAUGCCAUUGUGAGCCAAAUGAUGUCCGUGGCAGAAUAUCUCGGAUGGGAUGUUAGUGAAUUGAGACCGAUAUUACAAGAGAUGAUGGUGGAAAUUGACUACGAUGCUGAUGGCACAGUAUCCCUAGACGAAUGGCAGAGGGGUGGCCUCACAACAAUACCGCUCCUAGUUCUACUUGGAGUGGAUAACACAGCUCUUAAAGAAGACGGAAUUCAUGUGUGGAGGCUGAAGCACUUCAGCAAGCCUGCAUAUUGUAACCUUUGUUUGAAUAUGCUAGUUGGCUUGGGAAAGAAAGGACUCUGUUGUGUGUUAUGCAAAUAUACAGUACACGAAAGAUGUGUACAACACGCUCCAGCAUCCUGCAUCACAACCUACGUUAAAUCAAAGAAAGCCAAAGGCGGAGGUGACCUCUUGCAUCACUGGGUCGAAGGCAACUGCUAUGGGCGUUGUUCCAAGUGCAGAAAACGUAUAAAGGCGUACCAUGGAAUCACAGGGCUAACAUGUCGAUGGUGUCACAUGAUGUUGCACAAUAGAUGUGCGUCGUCUGUAAAAAAAGAAUGUUUGCUAGGAGAGUAUGCUGAUUUAAUUGUCCCGCCCACCGCCAUCUGUCCAGCUGUUCUUGACAGACAACGAUCAGUUAACCAAUCAAGCAGUUUUAAGUCAUCUCAAACACAGGUAACACAUUUCCAAAUCACACCGUCAGAAACAGGCUGUCCGCUUUUAGUGUUCGUCAAUCCGAAAAGUGGUGGACGGCAAGGCGAUCGUAUUUUAAGAAAAUUCCAGUACAUGCUUAACCCGCGACAAGUUUAUGAUUUAUCAAAAGGAGGACCAAAAGAAGGACUCACAUUGUUCAAGGAUUUGCCAAGUUUUAAAGUCAUUUGCUGUGGUGGUGAUGGAACUGUCGGUUGGGUCCUCGAGGCAAUGGAUUCCAUUCAACUGCAAUCACAACCAGCCAUUGGUGUGAUUCCAUUGGGGACCGGAAACGAUUUAGCACGAUGUCUGAGAUGGGGUGGCGGAUAUGAGGGUGAAAAUAUCCCCAAGCUAAUGGACAAAAUAAGUAGAUCGACUAUUGUGAUGUUGGAUAGAUGGAGCAUAGAAGUGACUAAUUCCGCACAAAUGGAAGAAAUUUUAAGGCCAAAGGUCACUCUGCACUCUAAUAUGCAAAAAGUUAUUGAAUUAUCCCAGCGGGUCAUUGUCGAAAAGUCCGUUAUUGAAUCCUAUGAAGAAAUCCAUAGAAACGGCACCAACACCACAUCCACAGAGUUUUCCAAAGAGAACAAUAUGCGAAGCAUAUCAAUGUCAACAAUCCAAACAACCACCAAAACAAGAGAAGAGCACAACCAUUUCACAAGCACGAGUAGUCCUCCUUUACCUCCUUUGCCUCUAUCACCGCCAUUGCUGUUUUCUGCUCAUCAUCCUCCUCAACUAUCACCACUUCAAUUACAGCCACAGGACGACGACGACGAGACAACUAUAGCAGAAGAUAAACAUACAAAAGACACAAGCGAAACGGAUGCAGAUAAUCAGAAUAACAAUCAACACACACUGUCAGGAUAUCCAUCGACAACAACAACAACAACAACACCAACAGCAGCGGUUCCAGCUACAGCUCCAGCUGUCAGAAAUCUCACAAUACCAUCGACGCCAACAACACCAACAACUCCAACAACUCCAAGCAUAUUCGAUGUGAAUAGUAAUCCUCAAUUGACAAUGCCAACUCUGGAGGAAGAUGUUGGAGAUGGCAAUGGCAACAACAUUCCACUGACCACCUCCGGGAGCGUUCAUAGCAUUCCAAUUCAGAAACCAAUAAAAGUUCAAUCGGAAAAAGAUUGCUCCGCUCCAUACAACAUCAUUAAUAAUUAUUUCUCUGUUGGGGUGGAUGCAGCAAUUUGCGUGAAAUUUCACUUGGAGCGUGAGAAGAAUCCUCAUAAAUUUAACAGCCGCAUGAAGAACAAACUGUGGUACUUUGAGUACGCGACUUCGGAGACGUUUGCGGCCUCGUGCAAGAAUCUUCAUGAAAAUAUUGAAAUUGUGUGUGAUGGUGUUUCACUGGACCUAGCAAAUGGACCACAUUUACAAGGCGUUGCCCUCCUUAACAUUCCCUACACACAUGGCGGGUCGAAUUUAUGGGGUGAACAUUUGUCUCAGAAACGUAUCAGAAAAGGCGGACCAUUUCGGAAGGGUAAGAAAUUGAAAUCUUCUGAUAAGGAGCUAUCAGCGACAAGUUUCAAUUCUGUUGACUUAUCGGUUGCCAUCCAAGAUUUUGGUGAUCGUCUCAUAGAAGUCAUUGGCUUGGAAAAUUGUCUGCAUAUGGGGCAAGUGCGCACAGGUUUGAGGGCGUCCGGUCGUCGGUUAGCCCAAUGCUGUGAGGUAACAAUAAAAACCAGAAAAACUUUUCCAAUGCAAAUUGAUGGUGAACCCUGGAUGCAAGCUCCAUGCACAAUAACUGUCACCCACAAGAACCAAGUUCCAAUGUUAAUGGCACCCCGUUCAGAAAAAGGUCGUGGAUUUUUCAAUUUAUUCUGCAGUUGACUUCCUACUAUGAGGAGAAGUAGUAGCGGUUCAGUUUUUAGUAAUAAUUUUAAUAAUAACAAUAUUAAUUGUAAUCAAUCCACCGUCCAAAUUUCUGAAUAGCUUCACAAGGACAUGCUGUAUAUUUAAUUUAAAUUAUUUUAUCUAAGCAGACAGACAGACAAAAAAUUAAUACUUUUUAUUUAUCUAUGUACAAUAUUUCUCUGUACAUAAUAAUGCAUUUAAUUUAUUUAA